GUUGUUUCACGGCGGCUGAGCCGCGUGGUUUUGUGCAUUGCAUUGUGGGAGCUCCUUCCUUUCCUCGUUGUCCGGCCAUCUUGGAGGUGCAUCUCUGGUAACGCCAGAGUCGACGUGAUCCAGUAGGAUGGUGGCCGCCAAGAAGACGAAAAAGUCCCUAGAGUCCAUAAACUCUAGACUUCAACUGGUUAUGAAAAGUGGUAAAUAUGUACUGGGAUAUAAGCAAACUCUGAAAAUGAUCCGGCAGGGCAAAGCCAAGUUGGUCAUCCUAGCCAACAACUGUCCAGCUCUGAGGAAAUCAGAAACUGAGUACUAUGCUAUGUUGGCCAAAACUGGUGUGCACCACUACAGCGGCAACAAUAUUGAAUUGGGUACAGCUUGUGGAAAGUACUACAGAGUGUGUACACUGGCCAUCAUUGACCCAGGUGAUUCUGACAUCAUUAGAAGCAUGCCAGAGCAAACCAGUGAGAAGUAAACAUGGUUGAACUUUAAAUUUUGUGUAUUAAAACUGGUUACAAAUCAA